UUCUUUAACUCCUUCACGCCUAAGGGUAAAACAAAUCUUAAAGCCUCAGCACAAAUUUGAAACUUUGACAUGAGUUAUCAAAACUGCACAUAUCAUCACUACUUUGUGCAUCCAGGUGGAUUAUACCUUAUUUUUUUUCAGGACAAAUUGGACUGUCAUUUGGUGGUAAAUGGUAAUGGAUAUCUCCUGAUUAUGUUUUUUUAUCAAAGGAAAACUGAUCCAAAAUAGUAUUUUUAUUUUUUUUUUUAUUUUUU